AUGGCCACCAAAGUGAAGAAGUGGACCGUUAUCUUCCUCCUCCUCGCAUGUGGUAAAUUGGGUUAUACAAAUGAAAACAGCUGCCAAAGAUAUGCACAGGAGAAAUCUUUACCAGUUCUAUCAUUUUGCACAGAAAACAUCACGGAAUCAGAUACUUCUUUAAUCCUUGAUGCAUACAUGAUCCCAGAGGGGAGCAUUUCAAGUCAUUGCAUGUGUGAGAUCAAAAUAUUAAGUAUAUACAAUACCUCAGUACUCUACAUGAAGCAGGAACCUUCUCUGUUACCCACAGCCAACUGUGGACUGAAACUAAAGCUAACAAAUGAUACACAGGAGAUUCGUGACAUUUAUUGUGAUAAUGUGGAUACGGAGUACCAUUUACACAGACACUCUAGUAUCAUGCUAACGCUUAGUAAUGUAUCACGUAGUUGGUCAACUGGAUAUUGCUUGAUUUUGUCAUUGAGAUUUGAGAAGGCAAGAAUGAGUGCUCAAUGUUUCAGUCCUGGAGUAACCAGAGUUCCAACAACUUCUACAUCUCCUGUAACAGAAAUCUCCACCAACUUUCGAGACACUACACAAUGGACUACAUCUAUCAAUGCUUCACAAUCGACAACCACAUUCUCAACAGCACCAACAUCCAUUUCAACACAAUCAGGGUCAACAACAUUAACUGCCACUAUGUCAAAAGAGCCUAUCGUAUCAACGGACAAUCCAACAGCAAUACCGUCCACAGAUCCCUCUAUUCCCAGCACAACCAUUGAGAUCAAGAACGGAACAGAAACAAAAGAAACUGUCGAAAGACAGAAUUUUACUACAACUAUAAACUAUGAUAAUGUGACCUCAGAAACAUACCAAACAACAGGAACUGUCGACGGACAAAAUUUCACAACAACUGAAAAGAUAACUUUGCUAACAUCAGAAACCUAUCAAACAACGGAGAAAGCAAGAUCUUCUACUAAGAACCUUUACUCCUCCACGACAUUAGACCAAAUGACCCAGUCUUCAUCCACAGAUACAGUAACGAUGACGCCAGUGAAAAGGGAAGUUGUUCAAACCACAGAAUUUAAUGUUUUGUACGCUGUGUUACCAGUGAGUGGAGUGCUCCUCCUAGGGAUUCUAUGCCUUGUAGUCAUUCUAUGCAAAAGGAAACGGAGAGACAUGGGAGCAAGACAAGAAUUUAAUAACUCUAUGCAGAGGGUGGGUGUCCUAUCUCCGUAUAAAGCUGAUACUCAUGUGAAGGAUAAGAAGUAUAUAUAUGAUAAUGAUAAAGAACAGUCCCAGUUUUUCUUUUACGAAGAUCAACCCAUCUCUAGAGCUCGAGCUGAUGCAGGAAGUCGUGAAGCACAGAGACAGAAAAUGGAUGGGCAUGGACUUGCAAGAAAUGGUCUUAAUGCAGGCGUCAAAGAGAAUGGUGCACAUCUGAAUAAGCGGUAUAAUUCCCAGUCUGAGUUCAGAUCGGAAAGAACUAACCAAGGUUCACCAAAAUCUGUUGUAAAAGUGACCAUUAAUGGCAGUGAAAGUUUUAUGUUAUAGUUAUUGAACGUUAAUUUUUAGAUUACAAUUUGUUAACUUUAGUUAUACUA